AUUGCUUGCUGCCGGUGAUAUCCAUCUCGUGAGUAUAUUCUCUCUCAUCUUCAAAUAUCUUUGCAACCGUACCAAACCAAAACACCAAAAAUGUCGGUUCUCAUUACUCUGUCUCUUGCCGGAGCUGGCGCCGGAUACCGGUUCUCCGACGACCUCCAGAAGCUAGGUCGUCUUCAACCUAAGCUCUGUCAAAGUCCCACCGCGCUUUUUCCUCAUAAGUGCUUUCACUGCCAGUGCUUUUGGCAAGUGCCCAGAAGCAAGAACCUAACUUUGAAGUCAAGGGAAUUGCCAAGAUUACGUUUGGCUCGCGCCAAGGAAGCUGAAGAUAGUUUCACUCCGAAUGUAAGCGAAGAUACGGACGAUAUGUUUGAUGACUUGUUUGAUAAAUAUGGAAAGGUGGUAUAUAGUAGCAAUGACAGGAAGUCUCCUAGCACAGAGCUUGAUGAUGAUGCUGAAACCUUGUCAUUUGCUGUUGCAAUGGCCAAUGUAGCAAAUGACGUAAAAGCAGGAGAUAUAAAGGUCCUAUUUGUGAAGCCUCUUGUAUAUUGGACUCGGUUUUUUAUCAUUGCCACGGCAUUUUCUCGUCCGCAAAGUGAUGCAAUUGCGUCCAGGAUAAGAGAUAUGGCUGAGGAAAAGUAUGGAAGAGUUCCAUCUGGGGACUCAAAACCCAACUCAUGGACCCUGUUGGACUUCGGUGAUGUUGUUAUUCAUAUAUUUCUUCCACCACAGCGAGCUUUCUACAACUUGGAAGAAUUCUACGCUAAUGCAACGCCCGUUGAAUUGCCUUUUGAGAACCAGUCACCUUUUCGAGGCUGAGAAAGGCCUUGCAUUUACGCUGCAAAUUCAAACUUAGUGCUGUGGAUGCAUCGGAUGGCUACUGCAGAUCUCUAAACCUCUGCCGGGUUUGGGCUCUUGAUCUACUAUCCCACUUGCAGAGUACUGAAGGUUACUGAACAAGGUUUCCCGGCUCAGCCUGGUUACUUGGAUGCCAAUUAAUGCAACUUUACGUUCAAGUUAGGGUUCUAAGAAGUGCUUCUGUUUCCUCAGGGCAUAAAUAGGACUCGACGCUGGUAUAUGUACCCGCCAUGAGCGAUUAUGUUUAGAAUCUUGAAAAACUGUUAGGUGUCUGUAUUAUUAACUGCGAAAUAUAAGUUGCAUCGUCAUCUGUUCUUCCUUAUGGUAAUUUUGCCACACUUUGGA